AUGCGCAUUUUGGAAUUUUCUGUUGCAAUAAGGGAAAACUGGAUUCAAGUUGGUGCACCGAAAGGGAGCAAUCUGUUUCUUCCUCAAGUCACAGAUCCUGGAGCUGUUUACAAAUGUCCUUUCAAAAACUCUUGCAAUGUUAUAGAUAUCAAUUCCAUGAACACUCCAGGAAAAGACCACAGAAAAGCCAAUGGGUGGCUGGGUGGUGCUAUGGAUGUUAGCACGUCAACCCAUUCUUAUGCUGUUUGCAGUCACAGAAUGAUAAAUCAGAAAUGGAACUCGUAUUACAUGAUAGGUUCUUGUUAUUGGGGUCACAGUCAAGCAAAUAUGCAACCCCAAUAUGUUAUGACACCUUUAGAUGAUCACGAGAUAUAUACUCUGCAAGAAUCAACUGCGAACUCGAAUCCAGUUUCGGUCUACGAUUGGGGAAAUGGUCUGGCUGGAAUGUCAGUCCACAUACCAAAAAAUCUUACAAAUGGGAACAUGCAACUUGUGAUAGGGGCUCCAGGUGUGUUUAACCUUCGUGGGGCUGUAAUACUGUACCGCAACCUGGAAAGAGGACUCGGACAACCAUUGGUCACAAAUCCUUAUAAAACUGUUGGCGGCCCAAUAGAUGAUGAUUAUGUUGGAUAUCAAGUAUCAUCAGGUUAUUUUUACAAUCGCGACAAAGUUUUAUACGUGGCGAGUGCCCCAAGAUCGAUGUAUAAAGGAAAGGUAAUAAUUUUUGAAUUUGCCAGAACAACAAGAGAGGCUAUGAUCAUUAAACAAGAACUUGUUGGCCAAACUAUUGGAGAAUAUUUCGGUGCAUCUGUCACGAGUGGUGAUCUCGACAAUGAUGGCCUGGACGAUUUAGUAGUCGGGGCACCUCAAUGGAGCAGCGUUGAAGAUGAAGGACGAAUAUAUGUUUAUAUGGGUUCAAAUACAGGCCGAUUGAGUCUCAGUAUUUCAUUUGAUGGUUCGGUGAAGGGCGCUAUGUUUGGAUAUGCCGUACAAUUUCUCGGAGAUGUCGAUGGAGAUGGAUACAAUGAUUUGGCAGUUGGAGCUCCAUAUGACGAUGAUUUUAGAGGUGCUUUAUAUGUAUAUUACGGUGGUCCAUCAGGUCUUUCAGCUGCUCGAAGCACGAGGAUAUCUGCAAGUGUAUUAUCACCUGAAUUGAAAGGCUUUGGUGUUAGCUUCAGUAAAGCUGAAGAUCUCGACAACAAUGGAUAUGGAGAUUUUGCAGUUGGUUCCUUUAUAUCAGGCCACGCGGUUCUUUUAAGAUCAAAACCAGUGAUGGAUGUCGUGGUGUCAAUAAAAACAAAAUCAAAUAGUUUAGAUCAUUCAGCAACACAAUUCGAAAUUGAUUUAUGUGUUUUUUAUUCCGGACGUGGAUUACCAACAGACAUGGUUGUGAUACGAAAUGUAUCAGCCGAUGCAGCUUUUGGACGUGUUACUUUAUCAAAAACCGGAAGAUUUCAAAAUGAAGCUAAUGUAAAGGUGGCGAUAAACAGAGAAACGUGUGAAACUAUCACCUUUGAUUUGAAGGUUAAUAUAUCAAUAUUUAAGAUGAUGUAA